AUGGAACAACGUAGUAUUCAAAUUCAGCUUGAGUGUAUUGACAAAAAACCAAUUAAAUUAUUUGAUAAGUUUCCUAAAACCAUUGUAGAAGCUUUAAUGUGUAAUCAAUUUAUUAAAGAACCUGCACUAACACUUAAAGAUGAUAAUAAAACUACUAUUUCUUGGAAAUCAUUGAUUGGGUCAUCUUUUCAAUGUGCAUACUCAUUAAUGGACAUUAAACAUCGAUAUCCAGUUCGUUCAGAAAAAUCAGUUAUUUUGUGUAUGAAUAAUUGUAAAGAAUCAUUUGAAAUUUGUUAUGGGUGUUUUCUUUGUGGACUCAUUCCAAUAUUUAUAUCACCAAGAGUUUCAAUAGUAGAGAUAAAUAAAGUAAUCCAAACAAGUAAAGUCAUAGUAUGUUUUUUUGAUUAUCAUCAAAAAAAUAAAUUUGAAAGAAUUCAAUCUGAUUAUGAUACUAAAAUGGUUGUUGUAGGAACAAAAAAAACUUCGAAUCCAACGAUUCAAUCAUAUUUAGAUUUUAUUCGACUGAAAGAAGAAAAUGCUGAAAUUCAACAACAAAAACAAAAAGAGAUACAAAUAAUUAUUGAAAAUACAAAACCAGAAGAUAUUUGUGAAGUUGUUUACAUUCCAAAUGAAGAAGGGGGAUUGAAAGGAGUAAUAUGGAGUCAUAAUAAUAUUAUUUGUGAAUGUUAUUACCUAAAUGAACUCUUUCUAUUUGGUGAGAAAGAACGUUAUUUACAUUUCCUAUCAAACAGUUUCUUUUUUGAAAGGAUUAUGACAUUUUACAUAGCAUUAAUAUUUCGAUUUCAUAUUUUUAUUGGAACGCCUGAACUAAUGAGGAAAAAUGCAAAUGGAUUGUUUAUUUUAAUGAAAAAAGUUUAUCCAACAAUUAUUUUAGGAAUUCCUCGAAUAUAUGAAAAAAUUAUUGAAAAGAUGAAACAAAAGAAAGGAAGUUUGAAUGAAUGGGCAAUGAAAAAUGCUCUAAAUGGAAGUUCUCAAUUAGAAGAUGAUGACCAUAAACAAAAAAGGUAUAGAUUUGCUAUAAAGAUUCUAAAAAGAAAUCUUAAAAAGAUUGGACUCCACAAAACUCGAAUUUUGCUUAAUGCUAUCAAUCCUUUAACAAUAGAUAUGAUAAAUGAAUUACAUGAAAUAGGGUUAUCAGUUUAUGAUGGUUUAUGUCUUCCAGAAACAACAGGAUAUUGUUGUAUCAACAGAAAGAAAUGUUAUUGUUUACAUUCUCUUGGAUCAAGCUUAAGCGAAGAUAUUUCUAUAAAAAUUGUUCAGGGAAGAAUUACUAUUGAAGGGCCAAUUGUUGCAUGUGGCUAUACUGAACAAACACUAAAUAAAGGUUGGUUCACAGAAACAACAUUUUCUAGUAUUUUUAAAGGAAGGAUAGAAAAAAAAGAACAUAACGAUUUUAUUUCUGUAGAACAGACAUUAAUUCCAUUGAUUAUUACAAAAACAGGAGAAUGGGUAUAUCCAUUACCAAUUGAAGAACAAUUGAAUACAAUUACAACAGUUCAUUGCUCAAUGGUUGUUGGUAAUAAUGAAAAAAACAGAACUAAAAGAAAGAAAGCUCCUUCACAAGAAAAUAUUGGAAAAGACCCAUUCUAUGGUGCUUUCCUUAAAGAACGAAUAGAAAAAAUUAAUAUGAAUUUAUCAAAAAGUAAUAAACUUAAACGGUUUGUUGUAUUAAUUGAUUCAACUGUAGAACCACCAUUAAGUGAUGAACAACGUCAACAAUUAUUAAAUAAAUAUUCGCAUCAUAUAGGACUAUUAUUCAAGUCAAUAAAUUAG